UUUGAAAUUUUAAUCAGUUUAAGAUAUUUGCAAAAAUUUAAAUGAAAAAUUUUAAGACAAGCCUCUAAGCCAGAGGGCCACAUAUAUAAUUUAUGCCUAAAUUUAGCGGGAACUAUGGAAGACACCCAGAGCAUCUACCAGAAAAUCCAAUCUAUCAAUUUAUCGCUGGCAGUUCAUCAAGUAUUAUGGAUACGUUGUUACUGCAGCCAUUGGAUGUGAUUACGACUCGACUGCAGUUGCAGAGCAAAACGAUCGUAGGGCCUGUACACUAUACGGGCAUGUUGGAUGCCUUCAAAAAAAUAUUUCGCCAAGAGGGUUUGACAGCAUUCUGGCGGGGCUUAGUGCCAGUUUUAGUGAUUGAUACGCCAAAACGUUCAAUUAAGUUUCUGGUGUUUGAUCAAUCUAAGUCGUAUUUUAUGUUUGGCUCAUCAUCGCCAUGCCCGUGGACUUAUGCAUUGGCUGGUGGGAUGGGAGGUAUCGUAGAGGCGCUGAUACAAACUCCUUUCGAAGUAAUUAAGAUUACACAGCAGGCAAGUCGUAAGAAGCUUCCCUCGCUACAGGUGGCAAAGCGUAUAAUUCGAAAUGAGGGCUAUGGUUUCGGAGGACUGUACAAAGGCGUCUCAACUUUGGUGGCUCGAGGUUUUGUCUUUAAUGUCAUAUAUUUGGGACUAUAUUGGACAGUUCGAGAUGCUACACCUGAGACUCAACAUCCGUUUAAUGACUUUUUGCGCCAUUUGGCAAUAGCUAGUCUAUCCAGUUUAAUGGGCUGUGUCAUAAGCCUUCCACUAGAUACAGUAAAGACACGGAUACAAGGACCACAGCCAGUGCCGGGUAAAAUCAAAUACCGUGGAACGCUCAAUACCGUGUUAAUAAUAACUCGAGAAGAGGGUUGGACGGCACUAUACAAAGGCAUAGUGCCGGUCUCCAUACGAAUGGUGCCUGGCGGAGCUAUUUUACUUUUAGGUUACGAAUUUGUUAACAAGAUUUUGGAAUUAAAGUUUAACCAUUAAAAUUAAUCAAGCUAAACUUUAUAAGUUAGUAGGAAAUAAAGUGAUGCCCAACCUAGGCAAACCUAAAUUUGUAAGCUGCUU